CGUGACCGAUGAUCCAAAUCAGUUUCCUACCAUUGACUUCGUUUUAAUACCGUUGAGAUGGAAAUUCUAAACUAAGAUGUUUCUUUUUUUUUUAAUUAUUUUCACGUAUUUCGUAUAUUGUUCACCUUAAUAUAUCAAUAGAGACAAAUAGAGAGCUUGGUGGCUACAACAGAAGACGGCGCGUUUUUUUUUCUUUUGUCCUUUCCAUGGCCUUUUUGCGAGAAUGCUUGGCUCGGUCAAGCGCCUGGGCACGAGGAAGAAACAGUUGGCAAUUUUUCUUCCUCCCGAAGCUGGAUUAUCAGGCUGUCAUUCUCGGCUUUGGCUGUAACAAGAGGGACAAUGGAAUCUGAGACAAGACAAGUUACUGCCAUUGUGGUAGGAUGUGGAAACAGAGGCCAGAAUUAUUCAAGCUAUGCUCUAGAAUGUCCUCAACGAUUAAAAAUUGUUGCAGUUGCAGACCCAAUUAAGUCAAGGAGACAAAAAAUUGCUCGAAUGUCAGGAUUAACCAAUGAGGAAUUGAUCGUGGAUGAUUGGGUUAAAUUGUCUUCAAAGGGAACUAGAAUUGCAGAUUGUGUAUUUAUAUGCACCCAGGAUCAAUUUCAUUGUGGUCCUGCUGUUUCAUUUGCUUCCCGGGGCUAUCAUAUUCUGCUUGAAAAGCCCAUGUCUGUUGAAGAAAAGGAAUGUGAAGAAAUUGCAAUGGCUUGUCAAAAGGCUAAUGUGAUCCUUGCGGUAUGCCAUGUCCUCCGAUAUUUCCCACCUGUUUUGAAAAUCAAAGAAAUCAUUGAUCAAGGUUACAUUGGGGAAGUUGUCACUGUUGAUCAUCGAGAAAAUAUCCUCUACUGGCAUUUUGCACACAGUUUUGUUAGAGGUAAUUGGAGAAAUGUAAAAACAUCAACAUUUUCAUUGAUGGCAAAGUCUUGUCAUGAUAUCGAUCUCAUAAUGUUUUGGAUGGGGGACAGAAAGUGUAACAAAAUUCAAAGUUUUGGAAGCUUAAAGCAUUUUAGACAAGACCAGAAGCCGAAAGGAGCAGGUCAAACAUGUCUCUCUUGUCCUGAAGAAGUUGAGAGAUUAUGCCCCUAUUCAGCUAAGAAAAUCUACCUUGAUAGAUUGAGUCCUAGAGAAAUCCCUCAUUGGCCAAUGUCUGUUGUCUGUGAUGUUGAGGAUCAUCCCAAAGGUUAUAGACAUGCACUGACAGAAACAUUGAAAUCUGGUCCUUAUGGAAAAUGUGUUUAUGAAUGUGACAACGAUGUUGUGGACCACCAAGUUGUAAACAUGGAGUUUGAAAAUGAAGCCACUGCAAGUUUCACCAUGAAUGCUUUCACCAAGGACAUGCGGCGAGAGACCAGAAUUUGUGGGACCAAAGGAGAACUGAGGUGGGAUGGAUCGAGUCAUGGCCCUAUUGAAGUCUUUGAUUUCACUACCGGCAAAGGAGACCAAAUAUUUCCUGAUCAAACUGUACCUGCAAGCACAAGACUAAGAGGACAUGGUGGUGCUGACUUUUUCAUGAUUGAUGCAUUUAUUAAGUCUGUUAGUUCAAAUGAUCAGUCCUUGAUCCUUACUGGAAUCAAGGACUCAUUGAGAAGUCAUAAGGUUGUUUUUGCAGCUGAAAGAUCCAGACUCAACAACACCAUUGAAACUGUUGAUAUUUAAUUUGAUAAUGUAUACACCUAUGCCAAAUGGCAGUUCUACAAUAGAAAUGUGCUUAAAUGUAGUUAUUAUUUUUAAAAAUAAAGCUGGCCAAUAAACUCAGGCGAUAUGUCAGAACCAUAUAUUAAUUGCAUUUAAUGGUCAUGUUUUAUUUAUAUGUUUCUGAAUUUGGACCAAAUAAAUUGGGACCCAUGGGUUCUUUCGGUUGUAGAACUGCCAUUUUUGUUAACCGUUUGCACUGACAGCGUUUUUAGAAAUAGGCGUAUGUACUAUAUAGGAUAUUGAAUGGUAAAGCAACCAAAUAAAUUGUCCCUUGUUUUGGA